AUGGGUGCCACUCUCUGUGCUCCGAAGAAGAAGAAAACGCAAGUCGGUGCGUCGUGGGUUGGAAAUGAAUCUGAAAAUCCAUUCGACACUAAUCUGAACAAGAAGGAUCGCACACUUCUGAGAGAAACUUGGCAGCGUUUGGAAGAGCCGAAAGACAUCGUUGGCCUCAUUUUCCUGGAUAUUGUCAAUGAUAUCGAACCGGAUCUGAAGAAAGUUUUUGGAGUCGAUCGGGCUCCACGAGCAGCAAUGCUGAAAAUGCCCAAAUUCGGGGGACACAUUUUGAGAUUUUAUGAAUUCAUGGAGCAGCUAACAUCAAUGCUGGGCACAUCUGAAAAUCUAACAGGAGCUUGGCAAAUGGUUCGAAAAACGGGACGGAGUCAUGUUAAACAAGGAUUCUUGGAACAAAAUCAGAAUCAGAUGGAGAAGAACUAUUUCGAAGUAGUGAUAAAUGUAUUCAUCGAGCGGUUGAUUCCAUAUUUAACGGGUGAACAAGAACUUCCACCAGCGGAAGGAAAAGAACAAAAGAAAGUUCGAUUCGCUCAAAACUACACGACAUCUCAAAUUGCCGACGUUUGGAAGAAGUUCCUAAACAUAGUAAUUAGUCAAAUGACUGAUUCAUUCGAACUGGAAAGAGCCAAACAGAAGAGUGCUCAGACAACAAAGGCUCUCGCACCACAUCAACAUGUCGAGAUCUCUGAAAGGAAAAAGAAGAAAGUGGCGGAGAAACAAAGUGAAAUCGAAAACACAGCAGCUUCGAAUGAGCCGAAAGAGCAAGAGCAAAUGUUUGAGGAUCCUUUCUGA